AAACAGAACAGGGACUUUACUGAAACUUUUGGCAAAGUUUAGGGACCAAAAUUAUACAUUACUCCCCAAAGCAGCAAGUUCUGCGUGAUGUAUUUCCCUCCUCUUUUCUUCACAAAAAAUGAGACAUGUCAAAAUCUGGGCUCUUAAAACCAGAAUAUCUGACUACUACACAGUUCUUCUCCUUCUUCCUUCUCCUUUCAUUCAUUAUACAUGGGACAUAUACACAACAAUAACCUUUGAACUUUCACUCUCAAAACUCCUCGGAAAUAGCAAAGCAUUCUCGUCACUCGUCGUCAGUAGCAGACACACAGAAAGAUAGAGGCGAAAAAUGGCGGGAUUUGCUCCACUGAGAGAGACUUCAUCACCAGGCAUAGAAAUUUCUGAAGAAUGGUCAGUUGCUGCAGACACCAUAUCAAAAAGUUUCACAUCACUAGCUCCUGUUGUCUUCAUAUGCGGCGCUAAAAACAGUGGCAAAACCACUUUCUCACGUUACCUCCUCAACACUUUCCUUCCCAAAUACAAAAGAGUAGCUUACUUGGAUACAGAUGUUGGACAGCCAGAGUUCACCCCUCCGGGAUGUCUAUCACUUACCAUCAUUGAUGAAGCAACUCCAGACUUAACUAUCCCUUGUCUGAAAACUCCUCUAAGAUGCUAUUUCUUUGGAGAUGUUUCUUCAAAAAGGGACCCUGAAACCUACUUGAAUUGUAUAUUUGCAUUGUAUGAUCACUAUAGCAAGGACCUACGGGUUUCAAGUAAGAAUGCAAGCACCGGUCCAGCUGAGCUUCCUCUUAUUAUUAACACACCUGGCUGGGUGAAAGGUCUUGGUUUUGAUAUACUAGUUGAUAUGUUGAAACACAUUGCUGCAACACAUGUGGUCAAGAUAAAUAUAUCUUCUGUGCGUAAGAAUUUACCUGAUGGCGCGUUCUGGUUGGAUGAGCUUGAUGAAUGUUCCGUUAAGUUGGUGGAGAUGACUUCUGCUCGCAAGGAUUCUUACAACCGAUCGGUGUUAGUGCAAAAGGAAGCACGUCUUAUUAGAGAGCUACGAUUGAUGGCUUACUUUAGGCAGUGCUUUCCAAGUAAUAUGGGUAUCACCACAAUCAAAGAACUCUCCCUUGCAUUAGCCUCUCUCACCCCUUACGAAGUCCCAAUAUCAAGUAUCAAAAUUAGGCAUCUUCAUUGUGAGGUACCAAAUUCUGAAGUCUUCUAUAGUUUGAAUGCAGCCAUAGUUGGAUUGGCUGUUAGCUAUGCAGACUCACAAUCGUUGCCUGUCUGCGUUGGCCUUGGUAUCGUGAGAGGCAUUGAUACAUUGAAGAACGUGAUCUAUUUGAUAACACCUGUUCCACAGAAAAUCCUAACUGGUGUAGAUAUUCUCCUGCAAGGAUAUAUUCAGAUCCCUACUGGUUUGCUGCAGGUACAAGGUUGCGUAUCUCCAUACAUGUCUGCAAACGUCGUCCAAACAAACUAAGUAGCAGAUAAGAGUGACUAACCAAUCCAGAAUAUCAGAGUAGCGAAUGUAAAGCUGGAAUCAACUAUGUAGAUUUUAAGUUAAUUAGUUGCUAACAAGUGUUAAGAACAUAUUGUGACGGAAGUAAGAAGAAGCAUGUAUCCGGGAAACUAGGGACGCCAUUUUGUUUUUGUUGUUAUGGACAAUAUUAUGGUUGGAUUUGGCUUAUAAUUAACACAGUUCAGUUUCUGA